CAACCACCAGCCACUUCAACUGCAAAGUGACGGUUACAACGUCUUCAAAUGCGGCUGGCGGAAAAACUGCUGGUAAACAAACUGUUGAAGCUUCACCUGAAUCAUCAAUGGAAAAAGUCCAACCACAAAAAGCAGCAACCAAUAAU